UGCCUUUCUUUUCUCCUAGUUGGACUAUUCAAGUUCACAAGACUUUUUCCUUUUGGAAAGAUCAAGUAUAUAUAUAUGUCCCAUUCUUAGAAGCUAAGUUCCACAAGAAUACUGUCUUGUGUCUUGUGGAAGGGAAGAAGAAGAAAAAGAAGAAACAAAACAGAGUAACAUAUUAUAGAUAGAGUUUUUUUUUAAAAAAAAUAAAAAAUGGUGAGAGCUCCUUGUUGUGAGAAAUUGGGACUCAAAAAAGGGCCAUGGACAACUGAAGAAGAUGAAAUUUUGAUAGCUUAUAUCAAUAAGCAUGGCCAUAGCAAUUGGCGUGCCCUUCCUAAGCUUGCUGGCCUUCUGCGAUGUGGGAAGAGUUGCAGACUUAGAUGGAUAAACUACUUGAGGCCUGAUAUUAAAAGAGGAAAUUUCACACUAGAAGAACAGGACAUCGUUCUUCACCUCCAUGAAAAACUCGGCAAUAGGUGGUCAGCCAUUGCAGCGCAGUUACCGGGCCGAACAGAUAAUGAAAUUAAGAACUUUUGGCACACUCAUUUGAAGAAACGGGUAACGAAUAAACAAACACAUGUUCAUGCAAAAAAGAAGUCAACCGAUCCUGCCGUUUUUGAACCAAAAUCCCAACCCCAGAAACUGGAUUGCUCUAACCAUUAUGAAAUCCCAUCUUUCUCCCUGGAUCAUUCACCAUUUACAGAUUCUCCAACCGGCUACAAGGAGAUCGAGAACGAACAAAACGUUGAAAUCUUUGAAGCAUUUCAUCACACAUGUGGUGGGCAUUGGGCAGAGGAGCCGUGGACAGAUAAUUUUAAUGGGUCAUUAUUCAAGUCGUCGGAGAUGAAUGAUGAGGAAGAAAUCCAACCACCGUACAGAGCCAUGGAUUCUGGGUGUUAUUACAACAAUGGCACGAAAAUGGACGAUAAUAUGGAGUUUUGGUAUAGGGUUUUCGUUAAAGCUGGUGGGUCGCCAAAUGAUCCUGCAUUUUAAAUUUAGGAGAAGGAAAAAAAUCUGAAAAAAUUCUAAGAAAUUGGUGAGAUGAAGGAUUAGGAAUGUUUGUGUGUAGUGGAUAUUGGUGUAAAUUGUAAAUUAGAUAAGGGUAUGAGGGUAUUAUAGGAAAUGAAACUUCAUUUAAUCUUGUUUAGUUUAGUCUUCGGUCAAUGACAGAACUAUAUUUAAAGAAGAAGGAAAUGUCAUUAAAUCUAAGGAAAAGAAAAACUAAAUGGAUAAAUUGGGUUUUAAUAUUUGUCACU